AUGGGCACGCCGAGUGUCGCUUAUGAUGGUCUCGUCACCUAUGUUGACAACAGGAAGGUGCCAGCUGCCAAAUAUGUCGCCGACAUAGAGAAGCUGGUAGGAGACCGUGACCCCGCCGUUGUGACGGAGAGCGGAAAAGAACUUCUAGCGAAGUACCGAUUUUUGGAGAAAAGCAUGGUGACAAAGCUUACCGCGCUUCACAACAAGGUACCGGAGCUUAAAGAUGCAUUGACUAUCAUCGAGCAAAUCGAGAAGCGGGGGUCCGACGAUGGAGGUGACAUUUACACGUACUUCAAGGUGUCAGAUACGCUUUACUCCGAAGCUCGUAUAUCGUCUACUAAGACAAUUUUCCUGUGGCUGGGGGCUAACACAAUGGUCGAGUACCCUGUGGAUGAGGCUAUUGCUUUGCUUAAAGACCAGCUCAACGUGGCUUUGGAGAGCAUCGAAGAUAUCGUAUGUUUUCCUCUUAUUUGUGAUCAAUUCUCGUUAGAAAAAGGAUCUAUCCUGGAUUCGCAACCAAAUAACCAGCACGGAGGUGACGGUUGCCCGUCUGCAUAA